UUCGUAUAUUAUUCAUUAUCAUUUUUGUGUGUUUGCUCAAGUGUUAUGAAUUUUCAAAUAAGGUUGUCUCAAGUUUUAUCUAUAAAAGACAAUUUAUAACGAAAUAUCGUUCUAACAAAAUCAGUCUGUAUAAUUAAUAGCGUUGUUCAUCACGUAAAAGUUAUUGUAAACAUGAGUUUCACAAAUAAAGUGGUCCUUAUUACCGGAGGCGGUUCAGGAAUUGGUGCGGCUACAGCUAUAUUAUUUACGAGAGAAGAUGCUCAAGUAGCUAUCGUAGGCAGAACCGAAGAAAAACUAACUAAAGUUGCUGAAGAAUGCGAGAAAUACGGAAAAAGACCGCUCGUGAUCAAAGCCGAUGUCAGCAUAGAUGAAGAACUCAAUACUAUAAUCGAUAAAACAGUUACACAAUAUGGUAAACUCGAUAUUUUGGUAAACAACGCGGGAAUUACUGUGUUAACUAAGUUGUUAGACGCAGAUUUAGUGCAAAAUUUUGACAAAAUAGUCAAAGUGAAUCUACGUGCUAUUGUGAGCCUUUCUAACAAAGCUGCACCUCACAUCAUCAACACCAAAGGAUCUAUUAUCAACGUAUCUAGUAUAUUAAGCACUAAAGUCAGAGGUGAUCAAAUAAUAUAUGGAUCUUUAAAAGCAGCGUUAGAUUACUUCACUCGUGCAUCAGCUCUGGACUUGGCUCCGUAUGGAGUUAGAGUCAAUGCUGUUAAUCCAGGAUAUACUAAAACAAAUCUACUGAAUUUCUUUGGACAGGAGGAUAUCUGGGAAAGAUUAAUACCAAGAAUACCGUUAGGUAAAUGCGCAGAAGCUAGUGAAGUUGGGAAUAUGAUCCUUUAUUUGGCGAGCGAUAAAGCGAAAAGCGUAACAGGAUCUACGUACGUGAUAGAUAAUGGUAGUAUGCACAAGUAAUUAGUAAGCUGUAAAUUGUAUACUGUAAUAGUAUAUUGUAAUUGUAAAUUGUAAUAACUUUGACUUGGUAAUAUAUAAAUUACUUUGUUAAUUUCUUUUCGUAUUUGCUUUAAGUCUCAAGAAAAUGUUUUGGCUUAAAGCGUUGUUAUUUUUUUCCUACAUAUGCUGAUAGCCUUGAGAGGCUAUUUCGGCUUUACCCUGGCGUGUAGGUGAGCUCUCGGGGCUUACUUAAACCGGAAGAGAGCGUUGUGCUGACGGUUAACAAGUGAUCUUGAUUUUCAUCUAUAUAUUUUGUAUCUCAUUCAUUUCUUCAGGCAUUGCUGUAUCAUAUGAACAGUGAUUUUUUUACCAGAUGGGAACCAUUUUCAAUUAGAUUGGCUGUACGAUGUAUUUGCUUAUAGAGCUAAAAAAAGUUGAUCGCAUUUUUAAUGUUAUACUGUCAGCCAGUUACCAGCCAAUUACCAGUUCUAUAAUAUGUUUGUAUUAAAAGACUGUUAGACUUAGUAUUGUAGUGCGUGGCAUGCCGAAGAGUCUGAUGACGUCAGCUUGUUUUGCAAACUAAAAAGUACAACAUAAAGUUAAUUAUAUUCGGUGUUCUUGUUGUGCCUUAUUUAAUUUAUGGAUUCAUGUUUAUUAAUCUGAUCUGUGUCUUUGAUAAUACGGUUCUGUAACAAUUUUUCAAUCAUCAAUCAAUUUUGACAUAAAUAAAAUUCGAUAUGAAACAAA